GUGACUCUAAAAUUGUUAGUUUUAGGGGGAAGACGAUUACUAUGGUACCUGAAGAAAACGUGGAAAGCACUGGGCAAAUUUCAGAAAUCGUGGAUUGGAAUAAAGUUCAUGUGCCAUUCAAAAAACCUAAUUUUGAGCUUUCGUCUCGGGAGGAUGUGAAAAAUAAGAAACAGUGGAAGAAUUUGAAACAAAUUAUCAACCAAGAGCAAUCCUUGUCCUGGCCAGAAGAGGCAUUGACGUAUGGAUCCAUUGAUGCGCCGCCAUCAUUCAGACCUGCGAAGAAGUACUCCGAUAUAUCUGGCUUGGAAGCAACCUACACCGACCCUCAAACCAAAAUGCAUUAUGCCACGACCGAUGAGUUCAAAGUGAUACGUAAACUUCCAGGUGACAUUGUGGGUGGGUAUCUCACACUACGAAGAGCCAAUGUGCAAUUGCAGUGACAGUGUUGACAAGGACAUUCAUCGCACUAUUUCAGUGAUUGAUUCAACUUUUUGAUGAUGUUCAGGUUUUUGGGCGUUUCAGUAUGAUGAAAUAGAUUGAUGACAAUAAAAAGAUGAGCCAAAAGA